CCACAGUUCAAUGACAUCCCAUUUUACAAUCGGUGAUCCCAGAUCCCCAGGUAACAAACAAUGGCUCCCUAAACGUACAGUAUGUUCAGCAUAGUGUACAAGCAAGUAAAGCAAACACGUAAUUAAAAGUUUUGCCUUCAGAAGGAAGCAACUCUUCGCUACCCUCUUUUUCCAUUCAUCUAAUACUUUUUCAUUUUCAUAAUCAUAGUGUUCGAAUCUAAUAAAAUUAUCGACCUGCCAUCUUCCCACAAUAAACACAGGUAACUUUGUACACUUUUUUUAAUAUAUAUAGUCUCUAUUACCAUUUUCUCCGCCAUUCCAGGUUUAUUGAGUAUCUGGGUAUUGUUGGAAAUUAGAGAUUGUUGGAGGAAAUGGAAGCAUCAUCGUCUACGCCGGAGUUUGAUUAUUUGUUCAAGCUGUUAUUGAUUGGAGAUUCAGGUGUAGGGAAGAGUAGUUUGCUCCUCAGUUUCACUUCUGAUGCCUUUGAGGAUCUUUCUCCAACUAUUGGUGUGGACUUCAAGGUAAAACAUGUCACCCUCGGAGGGAAAAAGUUGAAGCUUGCUAUCUGGGAUACAGCUGGACAGGAAAGAUUUAGGACUUUAACGAGUUCAUACUACCGAGGAGCUCAAGGAAUAAUCAUGGUUUAUGAUGUAACAAGGCGAGACACAUUUACUAAUCUCUCUGAUAUAUGGGCCAAAGAAAUUGACCUGUAUUCAACAAAUCAGGACUGCAUCAAGAUGCUUGUUGGAAACAAAGUUGAUAAGGAGAGUGACAGGGUUGUCAGCAAAAAAGAGGGAAUUGAUUUUGCUAGGGAAUAUGGAUGUCUUUUCAUUGAAUGCAGUGCAAAGACAAGGGUUAAUGUGGAACAGUGCUUUGAGGAGCUUGUGCUGAAGAUUCUGGACACUCCUAGUCUUUUGGCUGAAGGUUCAGCUGGUGUCAGGAAAAAUAUAUUUAAACAGAAACCUCCAGAAACUGAUGCAUCAACAAGUGGCUGUUGUUAAGAUGGAUGUUUCCUUGAGUUCUUCGUGCUUUCCCUUUCUUUUGUAAAAGAAAAUUAUGUAAUUACUCGAAGAUGGCAAACUGUGUUUUGGAUCCUUCACGUUUGUUGUUCGUAUGACUGAAUGUCCCUUCUGUUGUCCUCGUCUCUAAUAUGAUAUUUGAAGAUGAGUUCUUUUCUUUUUGUGAA